CACACAGAGAGAGACAGACAGAGAGAGAGAGAGAGAGAGAGAGAGAGACAUCGUGAGAGAGAGAGAGAGAGAGAGAGAGAGAGAGAGAGAGAGAGAGAGGUGAAAGGAGGCUCAAUGAGAAGGUGGAAGAGUAAGAGUGUGGUAAAGUGUGUGUAAGUAAGAGAUAUAGUAUGUAGACUACAGCAGGCAGAUUGGGGGAGAAGUGUCGGAUGAUAGCAAGCUCACAUUAGGAGCUCAGUGCAGCUGUCCCUCUCUUAUCAACACCUCAGGGAAGGAAAAAAGCACUUUGGAAGCCCUGGAUCAGCGCAGGCCUGAGAAGCUGGGUGAUGGGCUGUGCACAAUGCAAAAAGACAACAGAAGAAAAUGCGUGGGACGUAAAUGUCGACGCUGUCACCAGUCAGCACUAUUUCCCUGAUCCUACCACAACAAGAUGGAACCAAGACAUCAACAUUUUUGCCAGCAAAUCCAUAUGUGUAGUAGAAGGACCUUUUAUAGCUGGAGUACAGAGAGGCGUGGGUGUCCAAGCAUCUAUAGGAGGAGGAACCACCUUCAUUGCGCUGUAUGACUAUGAAGCUCGGACUGAAGAUGACCUGAGUUUUGUGAAGGGAGACAAACUCCACAUAAUAAAUAAUUUUGAAGGGGACUGGUGGGAGGCAAGAUCACUGCGCUCUGGGGCCACAGGAUAUGUUCCUAGUAACUAUGUGGCUCCUGUGAAUUCUAUCCAAGCAGAAGAGUGGUAUUUUGGUAAACUUGGCAGGAAGGAUGCUGACAGACAGCUCAUGGGCGAAGGGAAUAUGCCAGGAAGCUUCCUAAUCAGAGAAAGUGAAACUACAAAGGGUGCUUUCUCCCUAUCUAUCCGUGACUGGGAUCAUACAAAAGGUGAUCAUGUCAAACAUUACAAGGUCCGAAAGAUUGACAAUGGAGGUUUUUACAUCACAACACGGGCGCAGUUCGACACUGUGCAAGAGCUGGUACAACAUUAUAAAGAAUUCAAUGAUGGGCUAACCCAUUUGUUAACAAAGCCUUGUGUCAACCUGAAACCUCAAACUUUGGGACUAGCAAAAGAUGCCUGGGAAAUAACGAGAGAGUCCAUCACCCUAGACAAAAAACUAGGACAGGGCUGCUUUGGGGAUGUCUGGAAAGGUACAUGGAGUGGAACCACUACAGUUGCAGUGAAGACCCUCAAACCUGGCACUAUGUCCCCGGAAGCAUUUUUAGAGGAGGCUGAGAUCAUGAAGAAGCUUCGCCAUGAUAAACUAGUCCAGUUAUAUGCAGUGGUGUCUGAAGAGCCCAUAUACAUUGUUACUGAGUAUAUGACACAAGGAAGCUUGCUGGAUUAUCUGAAAGAAAAGGACGGGCGAUACUUGAAGUUACCGCAAUUAGUGGACAUAUCAGCACAGAUUGCAACUGGUAUGGCAUAUAUUGAACGAAUGAAUUAUAUUCACCGUGAUCUCAGAGCUGCUAAUAUUCUUGUGGGGGACAACUUGAUCUGUAAGAUUGCAGACUUUGGACUUGCUCGUCUCAUAGAAGACAACGAGUACACAGCUCGACAAGGUGCCAAAUUUCCCAUCAAGUGGACAGCUCCUGAGGCUGCUAUGUAUGGCAGAUUCACCAUUAAAUCUGACGUCUGGUCAUUUGGAAUCCUAGUGUCUGAGCUGGUGACGAAAGGAAGAGUUCCGUAUCCAGGCAUGAGUAAUAGAGAAGUACUGGAGCAAUUAGAAAGAGGGUACCGCAUGCCAUGUCCUCAGAGCUGCCCCCCAUCUCUGCAUGACCUUAUGUUACAGUGCUGGAAGGGAGACCCUGAGGAGCGUCCAACAUUUGAAUACUUGCAGUCCUUUCUGGAAGAUUACUUUACGGCCACUGAACCUCAGUAUCAGCCUGGAGAAAACCUCUAAGGCCAAGAAGAGGUGACAACUAGGAUCAUGGAAUUAGAACUCUUAUGACAUCUCCAUUUUGAAUGUUUACAAAAAAAGGAAAACCAAGAAGGUCACUUUAAUAGACUACCACAAACGUGGAUUGUCCAUCGACUAUAGGAUAUCUAAUGCCUUAUUGUCAAUCAAUAUCUGGGUUUUAUAGAGGUGCAAUGAAUUUCCAGGAGAACAAGCAUAGAGGAAUCAGGUCUUAGAUGUAUUUAUGAUAACAGACUGCAUAUUGACAUUGAUGAAGCUGUGGAUAAAAAUUUGUAGUAUCUGCUGGAGAACAUGCAUUGUGAGAAUAUGUAUAUGUGAGCAUACCUGGGAACUUACUGACUUUGACCCUGAGUCUCUGGAAUAUUCGGUAUAUCUCAGGGAUUAAUGGCUACAAUCUCAGUAUCACUCCCAGUUGUCUCAAAAUGCCCUAGUUUCUCUUGUUACUGGAACUCUCACCUGGCACUUCGCUCCAUAGCUGACUCUGCACUACGGCAGACACAGGUACCAUCCUCCAUGCGCCCAAGACAUCACUCUGUCUCUGCCAGCAGGCUACCAGCAUUGCUAGGCCACACUACACACUGGUCGGGUCCUGGGUGUUGCUAUGACAGUCCAGGUCAGCUAUACGCUGAUCAGUCAAUUAUAGACUAGCCGGAGCAAGCCUGAACCACCUGGCAUUAUCCAGCCUAUCCCUGCACUUCCAGGGGUAUAAGGCUGUAGAACUGGAACACUCAAAUUGCCAGUGCAACUGUUUGGCAUAUUGUAGUUCUUACUAUGCACUGCUGUUCCUGAGCCUCCGUGACUAGUUUCCAGUACUAGUGUUUUCCCUUUUACCGGUGCUGUAUUCCUUCUGGCUGCUCUGCGUAUCCAGUGUCCAGGUUACUGCUACUUUGUCUUUGCUAUCCCAGACUCCAGAACACAGAUGGCCUCUAGAUAUUACUGGAAUCCUGUUUCCAGCUUCAGUCUCAUCUGUGUCACUACAGACCAGCAAUUGUUCUUUGAGUCCAGCAACCUCCUAAGCUAUUGCUGUAGUUAUUAGCAGGGCUGCCAUCAAGGGGGUGCCCUGUGUACAGUUGUCCCGGGCCCGGCCACUCUGACAGAGUGGAGGGCCCGGGCUGCACACACAGUCACCCGUGGACCUUUGAUUGGCUCACGGAUCGGCGCUGAAUUGAACGGGGACACCCGCACCCGCCGGAGACUGAGGAGAAGGAGAGGCGCAGGCUGCGCUCUCCUCUCCUCACACACACAAACAGGUGAGCAGCAGGGGAGGGCUUCCUGUAUAUCUGGCACUGGGGGCAUAUCUGGCACUGGGGGGGCAUGUAUAC